AAGUGUGGCAACACAUUUGCGGCUAAGCAGCUGUCAGCGACAAGAAUAUUGAGGUUAUGUCCAUGUCAGCUGAGAUUACAUCGUUGCUUCAAUAAAAUUUCAUGAGGGUCAUGUCUUUGGGUUCAUUUGGAAAAAUAGCAAUUUGUUGGUGCGUCAUUACAGUUGCUGGUGUGUCUGGGUUUAUUUUGUCGAAAAGUUCUGUAGAUCAGCGCCGUUAUCAGGACAUGCAAAUACGUGAACGCAUGCGAAAGUCGAAUACUGGUGAAUACGAACCUGUAGGCGAAAGAAGCUUCAGCGGUUAAGUUAAUUAGCCAGCCAUUAUUUACUAUAGUUUUGUUGCACGGCAACUAGCAGCUCCUUGGAACUGUCACGCAUAGUGUAUAAUUAGCAACCAUCAUAUAUUAAUUUAAAAAAAAAACCAUACACGCACAAUGGCCAUGCCACAGAUAAGCCAAGCCGACCAGGCUAAAUUGCAGUUAAUGCAAGAAAUGGAAAUUGAAAUGAUGUCUGACUUAUAUAAUCGUAUGACAAAUGCCUGCCACAAGAAAUGCAUACCACCACGUUAUGGCGAAGCUGAAUUAGGUAAGGGCGAAAUGGUCUGCAUUGACCGCUGUGUGGCCAAAUAUUUGGAUAUACAUGAAAAAAUUGGCAAAAAACUUACAGCUAUGUCCAUACAAGAUGAGGAGCUUAUGAAAAAGAUGUCUGGCUAAGCUACUUCAAACAACAACAACAACUCAGGCCACUAAACCAAUUUGAAAAUAAACAAACCAAUAAUUUUUACUAACUAAUUUUAAGUUUGCUGCGUUGUUUCCAACUUCCUUAUUUGUUGACACUUUCCUCAGUAUGUCGUUUGACACAACACCAUUGCAACAUUUUGCUGUGCAAAAAUAAAAUAUAUGAAUAAAAAUGUAAAUUUGAUUGCAUUUCAUAUGAGUACGAAUCCUACUCUCAAUAAAACAAAAAAAAAACAUUUUGUUUUAAAAUAAAAUUAAAA